UGCUCAUCGGUUCUCGAUGCUGUCGUUUCAACUCGGCUGAGCUCCGCACGUGUUGGUUUGUUUUUAUUUCGUUUUAUCUGUUUUUCUUUGGUAGUUUCUUAGUUUUUAUUCCCCGGGACCGGCCCGCAAACAUGCCGGGCGGCGGCAGCUCCUUGUUCUCCAGGUUCCGAGUUCUGGGUCUGUACUCGAACCACGUGCCUCAUGCCCUGCGGUUCCACCACAAGCACCGGCAGAACUACGUGAUGACGGCGGUGGGACGGAGCUUCCACACCUUCAAUGUGAACAAGCUGGGGAUUGUCGCUGUCAGUAACAGCCUGUCGGAGGAGAUCACCUGCCUGGCAGCAGACGCGAUGCUGGUGUUUGCUGCCGCUGGACAGACUGUUUACGCCUUUGCCAGGAACAAAGAGGUGGUGAUGUUUUACCACGGACACAAACAUGAAGUGCGCCUGCUUCUUCCUCUCGGGGAUCAUCUGAUUUCUGCAGACAGCGGCGGUGAUGUCAUUGUGUGGGACGUGCAGAGCGGAGAAAUCUACCUGCUGCUGAUGUUUGACGUACACACCUUUGACGUGUCGGCCCUCAUGCAUCCCAGCACCUACCUGAACAAGGUGCUGCUGGGCAGCUCCCAGGGCGCCAUGCAGCUCUGGAACAUCAAAACCAAUAAGCUGCUGUUCACAUUUCCUGGAUGGUCAGCAGGAGUAACAGUUCUGGAGCAGAGUCCUGCGGUGGACGUGGUUGGCGUUGGCACGGUAACGGGACGCAUCAUCAUUCACAACAUCGUUUUGAACGAGACCCUGAUGAUGUUCACUCAGGACUGGGGGCCGGUCACCACCCUGGCCUUCAGGACAGACGGCCCUCCCAUUGUGGCAUCAGGCAGUCCUCAGGGCCACAUUGCAUUCUGGGAUUUGAAACAGCGUCACCUCGUCACCCAGCAGAGAUGCGCCCACGGCACAGCGGUUGCCGCAGCAACAUUCCUGCACGGAGAGCCGCUGCUAAUCACCAACGGGGCAGAUAACGCCAUCAAGGUGUGGAUAUUUGACCAAGAAGGAGGCGGGGCCAGACUGCUGAGGAGCCGGCAGGGCCACAGUGCCCCUCCAGCCACCAUUCAUCACCAUGGUGACGACGGGAAGAACAUCCUGAGUGCUGGUCAUGACGGGACACUGCAGUCUUUCUCCACUGUCCACGAGCGUUUCAACAAGAACCUGGGUCACGGAUCCGUUAAUAAAAAGAAGGAGCGGAAGAAGAAGAAGGGCCUGUCCUACGAGGAGCUGCGGCUUCCUGCCAUCACGGCGUUCGCCUCCGCUGUCACUCGUCAGUCAGACUGGGAUGGCAUUGUUGCUUGUCACCGUGGUCGCCUGGCAACCACCACGUGGAACUACCAGCGGUGCACCAUGGGAGCGCAUCACCUGCUGCCACCAGAUACCAGCAGGGGCACCUUCGCCACGGCCAUCGACAUCACCUCCUGUGGUAACUUUACCGUGGUCGGCUCGUCGUGUGGUCGCAUCGACGUGUACAACCUGCAGUCUGGGAUGCACCGCGGCUGCUUCGGUGACGACGACAAAGCUCACAGUGGCGUGGUGCGAGGCGUUGCCACGGAUACGCUGAACCAGCUGACCCUCAGCGCUGGCUCUGAUUCUCUUCUGAGGUUUUGGCGCUUCAAGACAAGGAAACAGGAAGGAGAACUGAAGCUGAAUGCGGCGCCAGCUGGCAUGACGCUACACAGAGACAGCGGGAUGCUGGCGUUAGCGCUGGAUGACUUCACGCUGGCGGUUGUUGACACCGAGACCAGACGCAUUGUAAGAAAGUUUGCAGGUCACCAUGGCAACAUCAACGACAUGACCUUUAGCCCCGAUGGUCGCUGGCUGAUUACUGUGGCGAUGGACUGCACCGUUCGUACCUGGGACCUGCCCUCGGGAAGUCUCGUCGACUGCUUCCUUGUUGCCAUGGCACCAGUGGGUGUAUCCAUGUCACCGACUGGGGACUUUCUGGCCACCGUUCACGUGGACAAUCUGGGCGUGUUCCUCUGGACCAAUAAGAGUCUGUGUGGACCUGUCGGACUCCGCCCUCUCCCGGCUGACUACCAACCAACCAUGGAGACACUUCCUGGAGUCACUGUGGACGAUGAGGAAGAGGAAGUGACAUCAGAAGAAGCUGAUGACGCGUACCAAUCAGCUGAGCAGUUGGGGGCGGAGCUUGUUACACUGUCCCUGCUGCCAGAGUCCCGGUGGAAGAGUCUGCUGCAUCUGGACACUAUCAAGAGGAGGAACAAGCCUGCGGCCCCCCCUGCUGCUCCGCCCACCGCACCCUUCUUCCUCACAACCAUUCCUGGACUAACGCCUCGAUUCCUGGUGCCGAGAGAGGGAGAAGAAGACAAACAGUCCAAGGUUCUGUCCUGGGGUUCGCUGUCUCAGAAGUCCAACUUUGGUUCUGCUCUGGAAUCAGCUCUGGAAUCUGGAUCAUUUGAUCUGCCGCUGCAGGUCCUGAAGGAUUGUGGGCCGUCUGCAAUCUCUGUAGAGAUCAGCUCUUUGACGUCGGAGGGCGGCGGAGCCAGCAUCCUCCUGCUGGCCUUCAUCAGCAUGAUUGACAGCAUGCUGGCCAGUGGACGGGACUUUGACCUGGCUCAUGCCUACCUGGCACUUUGCCUAAAGCUCCACCUCCAGGCUCUGUCGCAGGACUCUGCCGCCAUGGCAGCGCUGCUCCGCCUCUCAACGCGGCUGGAGGCAACAUGGGCGGAGCUCCGAGCAUCCUUUGAUCAGUCUUUGUGUCUGCUGUCAUAUACUAAGAGUGCACUGCUGUGAUGCCCUCACCCCUUGAAUAAAGUUUGGUUGUUUGA